AAUGACAGAGCAGGCCCUCCGAGUAUCCGGGCAGAUCGGGGCUGCUCCAGCCAGUCAGAAAAAAGAAAAUAAAGCAACGCACGAGCCCGCCGGGCCAGGACCGUGGGGCUGGGCUGGAGUGAAGGUGGCUGCGAGCUCCCGCCCUCAUGCCAGGAUGGCCGAAGACGAACCCGACACCAAGAGCCCGAAGCCCGCGGGCCGGGCCCCCUCAGGCGGUGCCGAGGCGGGGGAGCCCACCACGCUUCUGCAGAAGCUCCGGGGUACCAUCUCGAAGGCCGUGCAGAACAAAGUAGAGGGAAUCUUGCAAGAUGUACAGAAAUUUUCAGACAAUGACAAGCUGUAUCUCUACCUUCAGCUCCCCGCAGGGCCCAGUACUGGAGACAAAAGCUCAGAGCCAAGCACACCUAACAAUGAGGAGUACAUGUAUGCCUGCAAGUGGAUCCGAAACCACCUGGAAGAGCAUACUGACACCUGUCUACCAAAGCAAAGCGUUUAUGAUGCCUAUCGGAAGUACUGUGAGAGCCUCGCUUAUUGCCGCCCACUCAGCACAGCCAACUUUGGCAAAAUCAUCAGAGAGAUCUUCCCUGACAUCAAGGCCCGAAGGCUUGGUGGCCGGGGUCAGUCCAAAUAUUGCUACAGUGGCAUACGAAGAAAGACCUUGGUAUCUAUGCCACCCUUGCCUGGCCUUGACCUAAAGGGCUCUGAGAGUCCAGAAAUGGGCCCAGAAGUAACCCCAGCACCUCGGGAUGAACUGGUUGAGGCAGCCUGUGCCCUGACCUGUGACUGGGCAGAGCGAAUCCUGAAACGGUCCUUCAGUUCCAUCGUUGAGGUCGCCCGCUUCCUGCUACAGCAUCAUCUCAUCUCUGCCCGAUCUGCACAUGCCCAUGUGUUCAAGGCCAUGGGGCUUGCCGAAGAGGAUGAACGUGCCCCUCGGGAACGGACAUCUAAAUCUAAGAAUGGUGUGGAGAACCUAGAGGGUGGAGCCCCAAAGAAACCAGAGAGACCGACCCAGCCUCCUCAGGAGCUGGAACCCCGAGCUGGGGCUGGUCCCUCAGCACACGGAGAACGGAAGAAGACUGUAGUAGAGAGUCCGGCCCCAGCAGCCAAUAACCCACAGGUUAAUGCCCUGAUGGCCCGGCUGCCUCUGCUCCUCCCCCGGGCCCCUCGCCCAGUUAUUCAGCAAAUCGCCGUCUCUCCACCCAUUGUGGCUCCCAAGCUUUCUCCAGGCACUCUGAAAUUGACUGCCCUGCCUGUGUCCGGUAGAGUUAGGGGAACCCAGGCAGCUGUGCCCAUCAUUAAUAUGAUCUUACCAACUGUUCCUGCUUUGCCUGGACCUGGACCUGGACCUGGACCUGGACCUGUGCAAGCUCCACCUGGGGGGCUCACUCAGCCCCUGGGCACAGAGAAUAGGGAGGUCGGCAUAGGUGGUGACCCAGGACCUCAUGACAAGGGUGUCAAGAGGACAGCCGAAGGAACUAUGAGUGAGACCAAUGGGCAGGACCCACCAGCAAAAGCUGCAAAGCAGGAUAUAGAGGAUACAGGAAGUGAUGCCAAAAGAAAACGGGGGCGCCCUCGAAAAAAAUCAGGUGGAAGUAGGGAAAGGAAUUCUGCCCCUGAUAAGUCAGCAGCUGCCACGGCCUCUGCCCAGUCCUCAAGGUUACCACGGGAGACGUGGGCUACUAGAGAGGAAAGCAACUCAGCUGGAGGGUCAGAGAGGCCAGGGCCAGUGGGAAAGGCCGAGAAGGGGACGGUGCUUGCCCAAGGUCAGGAAGAUGGUGCUGUUUCUAAAGGAAAGGGCCCCAGCUCCAGUUCCCGCCAUGCCAAAGGAGGGGAAGAUAAAAUUCCUCUUGUCAGUCCAAAAGUGAGUGUCAUCAGGGCCAGCAGAAGCCAUAAGGAGGCUCUUCAUUUGGGAAAGGGAGAGGUGGAUACUAUAGCACAGGGUAAUAAAGAUUUAAAAGGGCAUAUGCUUCCAGGUUCCUCAUCCCAUGAGCAGAAAGACCCCAAAGCAACGCCCCCAUGAUAAAUACGUAGAGAAGAGUGUUUAAACCAGAUGUGAACUCUGCCUGUCUGCCUUGUAAAGCCCUUCUGACUUGCUUCUCUGGCUCUUCUUUUCCAAAGGGAAUUCAUGCUCUUCUGUAUAGACAGCUGAGGCACCCUGUCUUACACAGUGCCUGCUUCCUGCCUCUGACCUUUUCAGCUCAAUACCCUUGGCUUUAGAGUCGCUAGUAAAUCUGAUCCAUGUGUUAUCCUGUGGGAACGAUAGGGGUGGAGUAAUAUGAUGAAUGUAUAAGCUAGGAAUCUUUUUGGUUUUAAAUAAUAGAAAACCUAACUCAAACUGGUUUAAAGGAAAGAUUUACUGGCUCAUGUAACUGUAAAGUCCACAGGUAGUGCUGGCUCCAGGUAAAGCUGAUCCAGUGGCUCAGCACAUCUCUAAAUACCUGAUUGCCUCGCCACCCGCACUGUUCUACCUUCUGUAGGAUCAUAGGCACCCUGGGCUGCCUGUGGCUGCCAGCACUCCUAGAAUUAUAAUGUCUCCUCAUUGAUAUCCAACCAGAAACAGAGGGCAUCUUUCUGCCAAGAAUCCUAGCAAAAACCCUACGAUUCACUCUGAUUAGGCGAACUCCUGUCACAUGCCCACCCCUACCUAAUCCCUGUGGCCAGGGGGAUGUCGAUGCUAAUUUGCGUCGUCUACAUCAGGACUGCACCUGUGGAAUGAGGGUGGGAUUAGCCUCCUUAGAAACUGGGAGGGGAAGUUCCUGGGGAGGGGCUGACACCUGGCCACUACUAUGAAGUACAAGUGAUUUUAGCUUGCUAGGUUAAGAUGAGCCAUACCUGCUUUUCCCCUCAUAGUCUUGCAUUUUUCUUACUGCAGCUGUAACCUCUUUUUAUUUUGGUCUCAAGAAAUGAGAGGAAAGUCGCUCUCCUUUAGGAGCUAUCUCUUCAGUCUCCUUUAGAUGACAAUACCUUUUUUUUUUCCCCUUCACCUAUGGCUCACAGAUGGAGCUCCUUCCUUUUCCUGUUUUUGAACUUUAGUUUCUCAUUUCUGCCUCCCUGUCUCCCACCCUUCUGCCACUAUCACUAAAUAGAGUGAGAUUUGCUUCUAAUCAUUUUAUUAAAUUCAUUCUGUAUCCGCCAGGUGUCAGUCUCUGGUACAUAUGUCAGGACUAGCCAGGUGUAGGCCAGCUGUGUGGAAGGAGGUAGCUCUGUAUCAGGGAACACCAAGAGGAAGGGGAUCCAGACCCGCCAGGUGGGUCAGUGGGAGAAGCAGUAAACCAGCCAAUAUUGAUCAAGGACCUACUUUGUCUUUUGCAUAGGGUAGCUCCUGUCAGGGAAUCUUGGUUCUUCCCAAGAAAUUUAGAUUUUCUUUCAGGGAGACUUCAUUUGUUCAUUUAUUUCCACCACAGUAGAUUUUUAAAAAUUAUAAUAUGUAAUGUUUGAUAUCUAUAAAAUAUAUUUAACGAAUAAAUUAUGAAGUAUAAUAAUUAAAUGACUACCUAUGACCCAUUACCCAACCUAUACAUUAAAACAUUAGAAAUAUCAUUGACUUUCUUGUGUUCCUCCCCUAUCCUAGCCCCUGCCUCUCCCUAGAGGUAACUACUGUCCUUAAUUUUGUGUUUAUUAAUUACCUAAUAUAUAUAUGUAUAUAUCUUUUAAAUAUUGUUCAUUUUUGCUUUUAGCUUUAUGAAAAAUUUAUUCUCUAAUAAUAUCCUGUAGUUUGCUUUUUUUCACUUAACAUUUAUUUCUAAGGUUCAUCUAUAUUGUAGAUAGCUAUGAUUCAUUCAUUUUCAUCUGUAUAAUAUUCCAUCAGUACAUAAACCACAAGUUAUUUUUCCAUUCACCUAUCAAUGGGCUCUGGGUUAUUUCCAGUUUUUGCUAUUAGAAACAAUGCUGCUAUGAGCAUUCUUGUGUAUGUUAGUGCUUUUGUUUUUAGCAAGAUUUCUAAAAUGGUUCUUUUGGUCUGUAUAUCCUGAAUUGGGGACUGUUUCCUCCUGGAAGAGUUUAUAUCAGAUUGAAAUGAACCAUCCCCUGAAAGUGGUUAAGACUCACCUGUUAAACCAUUUGAGCCUGGCGUUUCUUUGUGGGGAAAAUUUUAACUAUUAAUUCAAUCUCUUUAAUAAUUAUAGGCUAUUUGGGCUUUCGUUUCUUUUUUAGUAUAAUUAGGUAAAGUGUUCUAAGAUUUUGUGCAUUUUUUGUCUUUUUUAAAAAAAGAAAUGAACUGAAUUGCCUUUUUUUGUUGUUAAUCCUUACCUGAGGAUAUUUUCCCAUUGAAAGAGUGGAAGGGAGGGGGAGAGACCGAGAGAAACAUCAAUGUGAGAGAGACACAUCAAUUGGAUGCCUCCUGUACGUUCUCUGACCAGACCAGGAAUCAAGCUUGCAACCUAGGUAUGUGCCUUUGACUGAAAUCGAACCCAGGACCCUUCAGUUUGCAGGGCGAUACUCUACCCACUGAGCAAACCGGCUAGGACAAUUUUAUGUCUUUUAUUUUUUAUUAUUAUUAUUUUUUAAUAUAUUUUAUUGAGUUUUUACAGAGAGGAAAGGAGAGAGAUAGAGAGUUAGAAACAUCGAUGAGAGAGAAACAUCGACCAGCUGCCUCCUGCACACUCCCCACUGGGGAUGUGCCUGCAACCAAGGUACAUGCCCUUGACCGGAAUCGAACCUGGGACCUUUCAGUCCGCAGGCCGAUGCUCUAUCCACUGAGCCAAACCGGUUUCGGCAAUUUUAUGUCUUUUAAAUGAAAAUUUUUUUCUUUUUUUGCCUCUGCUCUGUGUAGUCAUGUCCUCUUUUUCUUUUCUACUACUUGUGCUUUCUUUUUUUUUCCUUUGAUCAACUGCAUCAGAAAUUUGAAAUUUGUUGUUUUGUCUACAGUGUAUCUUUUUUAAAAAAUAAUUUAUUGAUUUUUAGAGAAGGAGGAAGGGAGAGGGACAGAGAGGAGAAACAUCAAUGUGAGAGUGCAACAUCAAUCAGCUGCCUCCCGCACACCCCCCACUGGGAAUUGAGCCCACAACCCCACUGGCAACCUUUUGGUGCACAGGAGGAUGCUCAACCCACUGAGCCAUGCCGGCCAGGGCUACUUACCUAUCUUUAGUUAUUACUUUGGGCUUUGUUAAUCCUCUCCCUUAUGUAUUUGUUUUCCAUUACAUUAAUUAUGGAUCUUAUCUAUAGUAUUUCUUUUGGUUUCUUUAGAUUUAAUUUUAUGUUCUUUUAUAACUUCUUACUUUGCUACUUAUCUAAUUAAUUUUCAAACUGUCUUUUUUUUCUAGUGUAAGUUUUUUUAAGGACCUGCUUCUCUACAUUCUCCAAGUUUUCUGUUGUAAAGUAUUUUGUUAUUCUAAGAAUAUUUAAAUUACCUUUAUGACUUUGAUUCAUGAAUUAUUUCAAAGAGUUUUAUAAUUUCCAAGUGCCUGAAUAUUUAAAAAUAUAUCUUUCUUUUUUUAUAUUUUCAGCUUAAUCUUCUGUGCUCAGAGAAUGUGGUCUUUGUGAUACCAGUUCUUUGAAAUUUGUUGGGAUUGUUAUUUUAUAUUCUGUAACUUAUCUUGGAUGUCUAAAUCUGUUUUGUUGUUUUGCCUGUGGUAGCUUGUUUCCUUAUAUAUUUUCCAUUUUUGGGUUUCGAGCUCAUUUUGUUAAAUUGAAUCUACAGGAAUCCAGAGGGUCUCAGGUGUGGGUACCUAGGAUUUGUAUUUGCUUCCACUAGGAGCCAAAAGGUGCUUUUGACCUGGGACUGUGCUAGCCCCUUCAAGAGUCACAGUUUAAUUCAGGAGUGCCAGGUUUGCUCCCCUUCCUUGGUUAGGCCCAAGGUUUAGCUUCUGCUCACAAUACUGGUAUUGGCAUUUGUCCUAGGGCAAACCUGCUUUUCCUAGUGCACGUUGAUCAUCCUUCAUAGAUUUCAGCUUAAUGUUAUUUUUUUUUCUUCUCUUUGUGAUUUCCCUUUCUAGCAAGCUCAGUAAUGUGCUAAAUAUCAUGCUUGCCAUAAUUUGUCCAGGAUCUAGUUGUAUUUUAAUGGGAAAGCCCUUUAUCCAUGCUGUCAAAAGUAGGAGUCGAUUACUGUGUUUUAAUAUUUUCCUUCUUGUUUUUUAAGUGCUAGGUGUUUGCAUUUUAGAAGCUAGUAGACUUGGGCUCUGUUUUCAAGUCAGUAAUCACAGCACAGUGUGAGUGAGUUACGUUAAGAGUAGCACAGAGAGCGGUGGUAACCCAGAAGAAUAGUACGUAACUCAGACAUGGAUCAGGAAUGACUUCCCAGUGGAGGUGAGUAGGAAUUUAGCUGGACAAGUCUAACUCUUAAAUAAGAACAGAACAACAUAAGACAUGAUAAAAAGAGCUAACUCAUGAUACCCACUCUACUGCAUAAGAGCUGGAUGUAAAUUCAGAGAGGUCACGUUGGACUGAGUAAUUUGGGAAGGCUUUAUGGAAAAGUUAGGCGUGAGUUAAUCCUUUAAGGUAAGUAGACAGAUAGGUGGCAAAGAAGAGGGCAUUCCAGGAAAAGCAGGGUUUUGGGGGGCGUAAGCAUGGCAGAAUAACCCAGUAAAGAGACCUGGCAGGCAAAAUGGAUGUGUAUGAACAACAGCGGGAAAUAAACUAAAAGAAUACACAACCAGUGUUGAUUGAAUGAAUGUAUAAAAGGUAUAAAGUCUGCAUUCUAGGAUGUGGGAAUGGAGUCAAGAGAAACCAGCCAGGCAUCGGUUGCCUUUAUCCAUGUGGGAAGGGAUGAGGGACUGGACAAGGCUUCUGACACAUUAGCGGUGAUAGACAUAUGGAAAAAUAAAUCACUGGUGAUGGGAUAGAUAGUUUUUAGGCAGUCCAAUUUUAAAACACUAUUUUUAAAAUAUGAAACAAGUUAUUCUGUAGUCCAAGCAAUCUUCAGUUCAUUAGAUGAAGGGCUAAGCUAAGAUUUUGGGGACUGUACUGCUUCCUCUACCUACCAUUUCUUAUUCUCUUCCCAAUACUCUGUUCCCCAUUACCUUACCUCCCACCCCAUGUCAUCUUCCAUUUUAGCUCUAUCAUAAAUGAAGUUAAAGAUAAUUUAUAAUUUACUAAAAUUUGAAAUAAUAUUUUGCUGUUAAACUAAGACAAACUCUAUGUCUAGUCUAUGUCUCCAAAUAAAUUUAUUGCCCACUUUUGUGGGUAACAACUUUCAAAGCAAAUGGCCACAUUCACUCACAUACCAGAGGAAUUAACGUCAUUAUAUAUUCAUCUAAGUAUUUUGUCUCAUGUUAUAGUUUCUCAGUAGGUUGUCUUCUUUGUCUAGGAUCAUCCUGCUUGCUCCAUACUAUAAGAUACAACUAAGCAUAACAUAAUUAAUAAAGCAGUAUUCAUCAAUUGUUCAUAAGGAAACUUUUUUACUGGAAAGAGUGUGCAUUCAGUUUAAAUCUUAGCUUUACCACUUUCCAUACGAUUUUGAACAUUUAUUUAGUCCAGUUAUUUCAAACUGUAGACUGUAUCCUAUUAGUAGAUUGCGAAGCUGAUUUAGCAAGAUGCAAAACUUUAAAAAGUGAAAUAAAAUAGAAAAUAUCAGAAUGCAUUACAUAUAGUAAAGGUAAGUAUUGUUUUAUGAAACGUAUCUCAGUAAAGACAUGUCUGUAUUCUUCACUGGUCAUGACAUAAAAUAUAUUUCCAAUUAAACCGAA